AUGCGCUCUCUGUCUUUCGUCGUUGCCCUUUGGUCUCCCAUUGUAACCGCCCAAGGCUGGUGUACUGGCGACAAGUCCAUCGUGGGAUAUUGCACGCCAGACACAUGGAACGCUCAGCCCAUCAAUGCUUCUGCCCCAACGAACGACGAAUGCCAAGAUGCCUGCAGAGGUGUUGCCAGUGACGCAGGGGACUGGUUUGCCAACCUCACAGGUUCUGCAGAGGGCGAACGGAGAAGUGUAGUGGGCUACCCUUGCCAGUUCUCGCUGGGAAGGGGACCCGGCCAAGCAGACCCCCUGGUGUUCUCGUUUGCCAACCAAGAUAUACUGGACAUUUAUGACGGCGUCAUCCAGAGGUUCGGCAGCAGCGGGAGAACUGCUGCAUCGGGUACAAUGACAUGCGAAGGAAAGAAGGUCUCCUGGUGGGUGGAUUAG